GCAGCGGCUGUGGAAGCGCCUUCGGUCCCAGCACUUUCCAUCUACGACGACGAUUGGUCUUUCCGCCCGUAUAUCUUCCUCUGUCGCUUUCGUAUGGCGGCCACUAAGUACUGCUAGCGCUGAUGCUUACAACCUUGCAGCUGCCGUCGCUGCUACUACUGCUGCUGCUGUUGCCGCAGGCGAUUGUUUCUGCUGUGACCCUGUGGUACGUCGAGCGGUGUCUCUACUCGCCGUAAUCGCUGGUGCCUGUGAGAGCUUGUCGGCGGCUUGUGUGAGAGUGCACGUACGGCUUGGUGCAGCUACGGUGCCGCUGGCACCGCGCCGCUGCUGCUGCUGUAGCUGCAGCAGCCAAAGCAUCGGCCGUCGCACAACGUGAAAGAAGAGACGACGAGGAAUUGAGCGAGCGACGGACGGACGACGACUUAGUAGCCGCUAUAGCUACGGCUUGCUGCCGCUACUGCUGCGGCGACGGCGGAGAGCCACAUACAGACGGACAGACAGCGGUGGCCAGAACAGUGGCGAGCGGCCGCAUUGAUGAUGACUGCUUGGUUGAUUGUUAUAGCCAUAGAACAUAGUGCAUACAUACAGUCUAGCUCUACUCUUCGGCAGCUACAGUGGCACCCGUAAAGUUUUUGCCGCUGCCGUCGCUGCUGAUGUCGUUGCAGUGUUGCUAAUGGUGAUGCUAGCGGAUAAAGCCUCCUUACGACGGCUGCCAUUUCUAAUAGAAGAAGAACUAAUAAUCACAGCAGCAGUAGUAGUAGUUGCAGUGGGCAAUGUGGUGUAGGUGUCAAUAGUGCGCUUUUCGUUGCUACUGCUGCUGCUGUGGGGUGUCGACCUCGCUACCUCACUACGAUCCACUGAACCCCUGUGGAGAUUACGGCGUCAACACCAACAUCAACAAUAACAUCAAGGGCCGCAGUAACAACAAGUGAUGUGAUGACGGAACUGAGCUCAGUCUUGGUGCCGCCGUUGAUUUGACUGUGGCCGUGUUAUUUUGUAGCGCCUGUGAUUACCGCAUCUAGCGGACCGUCAGAUCAACCUGUGAAAGCGGCAGUCGAAACCCAGCUACGACGAUAAUAGGAGCCCUAGCGGCGGAAAGACAGGCCGGGGAAGAGAGCAGAAGCCGUUUCCGUCGAAACGACGACCUUACUAUUCGUGUCGGCGAGGUCAAUUUCGAGCGUGGUCCUCUACUCUGUCCUAACUGCCAACAAUUACGGGGCCAGACAGAGAACUGGUGGGGGGGGGGCAGAGAGAUAACAACAAGUAAGAGCCAGGAUAGGCAAAACGGGAGUGUUUUUGUUCCUCAGUAGUGAUCCUCUGUUUGUCUGUCACUCGUUCAUGGUGGGGUCUAUCGUCUACAGAGUUUAUCCGAUCAGUCCAGUUACCGUUCCAAGUAGACGUUGUAAUUCAUCAGAGUUUUAGCUCGACCAAGAGAGAGCGAGUGCAGAGUGGCGUAAAGUUUUGCGGAUGAGACUAGCUCGCGUUGCGAAGGACUGUCGUUAGAACAAACAGAGUGGGUGGUCUGCCCGUGACAACAUCAGUGAAAGAAGAUGGCGUUCGUCAGCCGGAGCAAUGUCGAUACAUCAAACCAGCACUGGAACAGCAGUAGUCGUCGACGUCGUCCUAGCAUCAGCUUCAGCCUCAGUGAAAGGAAAACCGCCAUUAACAACCUUCUGUUCGACAAUAAUAAGAGCAAAGCCGAUAUCGGCAGCAGCCGCACGAUCCUUCGUACCCAUAACGCCAACAGCCGUAACCGCAAUUACGUCAAAAACAUUAUCUCCUGCAACUACUACUACAGCAACGUCAAACUCAGUUUUCGCCGUGGAGAAUUGGUCUCGUGGCGUGCACCGUUCACGGCUCUCGUACACUGAAUACCAACAUCAGUGAUCCCCAUUCCAGCUGCCGUAAGCACUUUCGCCCGCUACCAGCCUAUCCAAGAGAAGAACAGCGACGGCAACCACAAAUUCAGCAGCUCUCGAAGGAGAGAACCCUACGAGAUCCACAACUGAAAAGGAAGUACUAGAAAAAAUCGAGAAGACUAAACAAGAAGUGGACAACCGCGGUUGGGCUAGAAAGCUGAACAGUGCCACAACCUGUGUCACCGUUUGGGAACAUUUGAUGCAGACUGCAGGUGGUAGACUAAAGCACCGAUCCCCCCGAUCAUUUGUACAUCUUUACGAGACGCCAGUUGAGGGUCUAGCUGGCUCGCCCGCCAAGCGAAUGUCAACGGACAGACGUACGAAACGCGUCUAUUGUUAUUAUUAUUAGUAUGAAUAGCGGUGACAGUAAUUGCAGUAGCCGUCAUAGUAGUAGUAGCAGCGGCAGCAGCUGGUGCUGCUGCUUCUGCUGGCGAAGUAGUGGCAGGAAAUUAUGCAAAUUGUAGUGGUGAUGGCAAUGGUCAAAUUUUGACUGCGUAUAUCUGAGCGUAUAGAUCCUGUUAAUGCCCUCGGGAAUAGGGUUGAAGUUGAGACCAAUGCUGGUAUCAGUACAGCUCGUUGCCGCCGCCGCUGCCGCCGCUGCCGCCGCCGCCGCCGCCGCCGCCGCGGGCACCGUUUGUAAACGAGAAUGGCAGCGUAGUCUCUAGGCGGAGCAGUAGCGUGGUGUCUUCAUCACAAUGCAGAAAAAUAAAAAGAAGAUGAAUUACAAUCAAGAUAAAUAGAAACAGAGUUGAGAGUCUCAGUUGAACGACCUCUUUUUUCUCUCGUUGCCUUUAGUCUCCGUUCUUAUAUGUGCUGCUAUUUCUGGUCGUUUUUCUAACAUUUGGGAAACGUGCGUGAGUGGAAACGCCUGAUCGUGCUCGUCAAUCAAGCCGUUAUCAACAUCUUGCGCGUGGUUAGCUGGUUGCUGUUAGUUGUGUAUAUCGAGGCGUGUUAUUAAGAUUGUCAUUAUAACGUAACAGGAUGAUGACAAUAACUGUGUAUGCAUGUGUGACAUAAUGCGUGGUUAUGUAAGUGAAUAUAGUGGCUGAUAGUCGUGCAUGUACCUAUGAUAGUGCUAAUUAUCGUCUGUGCAGCUGUCACAGUCUGCGAGUGUGUGGAGGGGGUCGGGCUUGAAAGCCCUGACAGCCCUAUCCAGCAGGCCACUUACCACCAGGAGAUACUCCGUGUGGCACACAGUUCGCUAUAUAUAGCAACAAUAGUAAAAAAUAAGUAAAAGCGUGAGUGCACUGCAGCCGCUGCUGCAACAAAACGACAACAGCGAGAGCACCAGGAACAGCACCAAUUAACUCAUCGGCGAUAUCAGCACAAACAACAUUAUGACGACCCCAAAACCAGUCGAGUGGGUCAGCUCCCUCAUAACUCGCUUCGAGGAGCAGCUCCCAUGCCGUUCGGGGCCAACGACACCGCACAGCCGUCAAAAUGUCGAACAGAACAAAGAGUGUUUGAUUGCCAUUUCGAAAUACAAGUUUUCACUUGUCAUUUCGUCACUCACCAAAAUUCUACAGAGCACAGAGCGCGCCCAUGGUUCACUCCAGCCAGAAUUUGAGAAAAAUUAUUAUGAAUCGCAGCUCAUAGUACUGGACACGCUUGAGAAAUGCCUGAGCAGUCAACCCAGAGAUUCCGAACGGAGCUACGACGAAGCCAUGAAUGUAAAGGCCCUUCUCCGCGAACUCUGCCAGUUUAUGGAUAUGCCAGAUUCACCAAUGGUUACCCCGCUCAAAUCGCUCGCAUCCAAGGUGCUAUUUGCUCUGUCUCAGAACAAUUUUAACACCGUGUUCUCAAGGAUCUCAGCGAAGCUAUCAGAGCUUAGUACGACCGCAGAAGAAACUACAGACUUCUCAGACAUCGAACUGGUCCAGCACAUCAACCUCGAUAUUGCCCGCCUUAUUAAACUUCUACAGGAUUCAACUGUGAAGAUGAAAGCUUUGAGAAAAAAUGCGCAUAUCUGUCUUAUGAACAGUCUUGAAAAAGCGAUCUGGAACUGGCUGGAUACGUACCCUAAUGAGUUUGCGGACCUUCAAAAAAAUCCCAAUGAGGAACUCAUAGAGAUUGCUGAUAAACUUUUUGACCAGCUAGAGGUUUUUGCUGAAUCCAACAAACGGAAAGCCCAAGCAUGGCCACUGCAGAUUAUGCUCUUGCUCCUCAUACCCCCGGCCAUUGAAGAAAUCGCUGCAGCGGAAAACGGGCUACAAUGUGGACAAAGGCAUCUAAAGAAGCGGCAAUUUAUGGACUCGAUUAAAAAAGCUCUACUGCCACACGGAGCCUCGAAACAGCUCACGGAAGGUGCAGCGGUCACAUGCGUAAAACUGUGUAAAGCUUCAACAUACAUUAACAUAUUAGACUCGACCAAUGUAAUGUUCGUCCUAGUGCAGUCAAUCAUGCAGGACCUCAAGUUAUUGCUAUUCAACCCAGCGAAACCAUUCGUUCGCACAAGCUCCCAGUCGGCAAUGUGGGCCGAUGUCGAGCUCAUGAUCGACUGUUUUGUCUCAUGUUUUCGAAUAAAUCCGCAUAACAACGAGGCAACGAAAGUCUGUCUCCACCAGGCAACUAAUGUGAAUAUGACAACAUACCACUUUGUCUUGCUGAGCGCGCUCUAUCGGAUUAUCACGCAACCGCGACUCCCCUGGUGGCCGCAAAUUGACGUCUUGUAUUCGCGGUCAAUUGAGCUGCGUAGUUUGUUCACGGAUACGCUAAAUAAGGUUACCCAGGGCUUGUCACACACUUCGCUCAGGAUGAUAAGCUCCUUAACUCUUAAGGAGAAAGUGACAACUCUUAAGUUCAAGGAGCGAGGAGAAGAGUCACUCGGAUAUAAGAACAUCCUGUUACUACUUGUGAGACUAAUUCACGCCGAUCCGCUGCUUAUGCUAAAUAACCAAGGCAAAGCAGGACAUGAAAUUCAGUCCUCAACACUUGAACUCAUUAAUGGACUGGUUUCACUCAUCCAUCAACCGUCGAUGCCCGAUGUGGCCCAAGAAGCCAUGGAAGCCCUGCUGGUUUUGCAUCACCCAACGAACAUCGAGAUGUGGAAUCCCGAGGCUCCGAUUAAUACGUUUUGGGACGUUAGCUCACAGGUCCUCUUUUCAAUUUCACAGAAACUUAUUCAGCAUCAAAUAGUCAACUACACCGAUAUUUUGAAAUGGCUCAGAGAGAUCCUGAAAUGCAGGAAUGCAUUUUUGAUGAGACACCGAGACUACGCCAAUCUCGGCAGUCACAUAGCCAUUUGUAAACAGGCUCACAUUAAACAAGAAGUGGUUUUUUUCAUGUACCUUUGGUCUAUCGACAUUGAGGCAGUUCUUGUCUCGAUGUCGUGUUUCGCACUGUUAUGCGAAGAGGCCGAUGUACGAUGCGGCCAAGACGAUCUGACCGUCACGUACCUUUUGCCCAACUAUUGUGUCUACCAAGAGCUAUCCGCCGCCUCUCAAACACUGACAACUGGACGGGCGGCUCUACAAAAACGCAUAAUGGGCUUACUACGAAAGAUCGAGCAUUGUACACAGGGCUGCUCGCAAGCUUGGGAGGACACGUUCAUCAACUGGAACUAUCUGACAAACUUCCUCGUUCAGUACCCGAAGACAAAACUGGACGACGGCCAGAUCUGCGACACUCUCCAUCGCACGGUUGGCAAGCGACGUGCGUCGCAUCAGAGCACAGAUCAUGAGCUCGAAGACCAAGUAAACGAAUGGGCUAAUAUGACCGGUUUCUUAUCGGCCCUUGGCGGGGUCUGUUUACAACGGAAGUCACCCGCCCGUUCACGCUCAUCUAGCUCGGUGCACUCGUCGUACGCAGCAAGCUGUGAUGCCCGGAAAAUUCUCACCGGACAGGAUAUCAUGCAGCAGUACUGUCCAGUUCUGGACUUCGUCGGCCAGCUGCUAAAACUAUUAGUGUGCCAUAAUGAAAAGUUCGGUACCCAAAUUCAAAAGCACGUUAAAGAUUUGGUCGCCCAUGAGAUGGCGCCUUCUCUCUACCCGAUCCUAUUUGAUCAAAUAAAAUCAAUCGUGGAGAAGUUCUUCGACCCACAAGGCCAAGUCAUUUUGGCCGAUACUAACACGCAGUUUAUCGAGCACAUCAUAUUCAUUAUGAAAUCGAUCCUUGAGAACAGGGUCGAACAUACAGCUGAGCAUCUAGGCGUUACAUCAAUGGAGGCCAUGAUGUUGGCAAUUGUUCGAUACGUACGCCAUCUGGACACGACGGUGCAUGCAAUCCACAUUAAAACGAAACUUUGUCAAUUAGUCGAAGUUAUGAUGGAACGCCGGGAUGAUCUUGCAUUUCGUCAAGAGAUGAAGUUUCGCAAUAAGAUGGUCGAAUAUCUAACCGACUGGGUAAUGGGCAACUCCCAUCAAAUCGCCCCACCAUCAAGUGGCGACGUGACCGCCUUGACGCGUGACCUUGAUCAGGCUUGCAUGCGUGCCGUUGCAGCACUCCUGCUGGGCUUACCGUUGCAGCCCGAAGAGAGCGACCGUGGGGAUCUUAUGGAGGCGAAAUCGCAGCUCUUCCUCAAAUACUUCUCUUUGUUUAUGAAUCUUCUUAAUGAGUGUGCUGAAAUCCCUGAAGACUGCAAGGACGUUGUCACCCCGUCCAUGCCGACCGUUACAACCGUAACUACCCGCAACUCGCACAGGCUGCACUCGGUCAAGUUGAGCGAGCUGCGUACGUGCACGAUUCAAGCGAUGUCGAACCUGCUCAGCGCUAACAUUGAUUCCGGCCUAAUGCACUCAAUUGGCCUAGGCUAUCAUAAGGAUUUACAGACGCGAGCUGCAUUCAUGGAAGUGCUUACUAAAAUCCUGCAGCAGGGCACCGAAUUUGACAUGUUAGCCGAAACUGUCCUGGCUGACCGUUACGAACAGCUCGUGCAGCUAGUGACUAUGAUUGGCGAUAAGGGUGAGCUGCCCAUUGCAAUGGCCCUUGCUAGCGUCGUGAUGAGCCCACAAAUGGACGAAUUAUCCCGCGUGUUCGUCACCCUCUUCGAUGCAAAACAUCUACUUAGUCCAUUGUUGUGGAACAUGUUCUACAAGGAGGUCGAGCUAUCGGACUGCAUGCAGACCCUAUUCCGGGGUAAUUCAUUGGGCAGCAAGAUAAUGGCGUUCUGCUUUAAAAUCUACGGUGCGUCCUACAUACAUUCGUUACUCGAACCACUCCUAUCGCAGCUAUUAGAGACGCCUCAUUGUAACACAAGCUACGAGGUAGAUCCUGCACGAACGGAGUCCGCAGACAACGUCGAAGAGAAUCGACUCAAUCUGCUCCAGUUGACUGGCCGAGUGUUUACGGCGAUUGUCCAAUCUGCCGAUCGGUUCCCGCAACAACUGCGCUCCAUGUGCCAUUGUCUGUAUCAAGUGCUCAAUAAGCGUUUUCCAAAUUUCCCGCACAAUCUCUCGGCUGUUGGCACCGUUAUUUAUCUGCGGUUCAUCAAUCCGGCUAUCGUUUCACCGACCGAGUCGGGAAUUGUCGAUCGACAGCCGUCUCCGCGAACGAAACGUGGUCUGAUGCUCAUGUCGAAAAUCCUCCAAAACAUUGCAAAUCACAUUGAGUUCUCAAAGGAACAGCACAUGGUACCAUUCAAUGACUUUCUCCGAGCCAACUUUGAAGCUAACCGUCGUUGGGUGAUGCAAAUCACGUCGGACUGCGAGCCGACCGAGCAGACGUCCCAUACGAUGUCAUUUAUCAGCGAUGCGAACGUUCAUGCAUUACAUCGCUUGCUGUGGAAUCAUCAAGAGAAGAUCGGUGAUUAUCUCUCGUCGUCGCGUGACCACAAGGCCGUGGGUCGACGGCCAUUUGACAAGAUGGCCACAUUGUUAGCCUAUCUAGGCCCGCCCGAACAUAAACCGAUGGAUUCUCAAUGGGGUGGCAUGGAUAUGACAUCAACCAAAUUCGAGGAGAUCAUGAGCAAGCAUAACAUGCAUGAAAAAGAUGAAUUCAAAUCAAUUAAGUCACUUAACAUAUUUUACCAGAGCGGUACUUCGAGGGCAGGCUAUCCCGUUUUCUACUAUAUUGCACGUCGCUACAAGAUCGGCGAAACGAAUGGUGACCUCCUCAUUUACCACGUCAUCCUAACGCUGAAGGCAUUCUGCCAUAAAGGCUUUGAGCUGGUUAUAGAUUUCACCCACACUUGUGCAGAUAAUCGUUUUCGAACCGAAUUUCUUCAGAAGUGGUUUGUCGUAUUACCCGACAUUGCAUAUGAACGAAUUCAUGCAGCGUACAUCUACAACUGCAACUCGUGGGUACGCGAGUACACCAAGUAUCACGAUCGAAUUUUGGCCCCGUUAAAGGGUAAUAGAAAGCUGCUGUUUAUCGAUUCGCCGCAGAAGCUCAGUGAAUAUAUCGAGGUGGACCAGCAACAGCUGCCAGGGGCUACACUCAGCCUUGAGGAAGAUCUUAAGGUAUUCAACAAUGCCCUAAAGCUAAGUCACAAAGAUACGAAAGUUGCUAUCAAAGUUGGCCCCACUGCUAUCCAAGUAACAUCGGCCGAGAAAACCAAAGUCCUGUCGCAUUCGGUGCUCCUCAACGAUGUCUACUACGCAUCAGAAAUCGAAGAGGUCUGUUUAGUUGAUGACAACCAAUUUACACUAACGAUCGCCAAUGAAAGUGGACCACUGUCAUUUAUUCACAAUGACUGCGACACCAUCGUUCAAGCCAUCAUUCAUAUUCGAACCCGAUGGGAACUCUCUCAGCCAGACACGGUUACCGUCCAUACUAAGAUACGACCCAAGGACGUACCUGGCACCCUGCUCAACAUGGCUUUGUUGAAUCUGGGGUCAUCUGAUCCUAACCUGCGAACAGCGGCUUAUAAUCUGCUCUGCGCCCUUACUCAGACGUUCGACCUGAAGAUAGACGGCCAACUGCUGGAGACCAGUGGAUUAUGCAUCCCCUCAAAUAACACCAUUUUCAUUAAACAGAUCAGUGAUAAGCUAUCGCUGUCGGCAUACCAUCUGACCCUCGAAUUUCUUGAGGAGUGCAUACAGGGUUUUUCAGCCUCGUCGAUCGAGCUUAAACAUCUUUGCCUUGAAUAUAUGACUCCGUGGCUUCCCAACCUCACUCGUUUCUGCAGACAUUCGGAUGACAACAAGCGACAGCGCGUCGCUACCAUUCUCGAUAAGCUGAUAACGUUAACAAUCGAAGAGGUAGAAAUGUAUCCAUCAAUUCAGGCUAAAAUCUGGGGAAAGAUAGGUCAGGUGUCCGACCUUCUGGAUAUGGUGCUUGAUAGUUUUAUUAAACGGAGCGUCACCGGUGGGCUGGGAUCGGCCCAGGCGGAAAUUAUGGCCGACACUGCCGUGGCACUUGCGUCGGCUAACGUCCAACUCGUAGCGAUGAAGGUCAUUAGCCGACUAUGUCGGGUUAUCGAAAAAACAUGUACAUCGCCGACGCCGACGUUGGAGCAACAUUUGAUGUGGGAUGAUAUUGCGAUCCUGGCUCGAUAUCUACUCAUGUUAUCGUUCAACAACUCACUAGACGUGGCAAUCCAUCUGCCAUAUUUAUUCCACAUCGUUACCCUGCUAGUUCACACCGGCCCGCUAUCGUUGCGCGCCUCCAUUCACGGACUCGUUAUUAACAUCAUCCACUCACUGUGCACUUGUACGAAACCAUCGUUUAAUGACACCAAACAAACACUUAGACUGUCGCUCGAUGAGUUCUCUCUGCCGAAGUUCUACCUGUUGUUUGGCAUCUCCAAAGUAAAAUCUACAGCGGUCGCCGCGUUUCGGAAUAAUUAUCGUCACAAUGACCGUCACCUGGAUCGCUCAUUCACCUGUGCUGGCACUGACCCCGAACGAAUGCCGCUCGCCUCACUUGAGAUCAUCACUGAUGCGCUCCUUGAAAUCAUGGAAGCGUGUCAGAAGGCCGCAGGCGUUACAGACUGGCUAACACAUUGGACAACUUUAGCAAGAAGCUUUGCAUUCCGUUAUAAUCCGGCCUUACAGCCUCGGGCAUUAAUCGUGUUCGGUUGCAUCUCAAAAUCGGUCGUCGAUUCCGAUGUGAAACAACUACUUCGAAUUCUUGUAAAGGCACUAGAGUCCUUCCAGGAUCUGCAGCUAAUAGAUGCCAUAAUCAUGUGUCUGACUCGAUUACAUCCAAUGCUUUCGCCUGAAUCACCUAUUCACCGGGCGCUCUUUUGGGUGGCUAUAUCAGUUCUACAGCUCGACGAGAUUAAUCUGUACGCUUCUGGACUAGCACUGCUCGAGCAGAAUUUGCACACACUCGAUUCGCAGGGUAUGUUUGAGGCACCGAAUACGCUCAAACAGAUCAUGAUGUCUACCCGUGACCCACUGGAGUGGCACUUCAAACAGCUCGAUCAUUCGGUCGGACUGUCGUUCAAUACGUCGUUCCAUUUCGCACUUGUUGGCCAUUUGCUCAAAGGAUUCCGUCAUCCGACACCUACGACGGUAUCUCGUACGGCACGAGUACUUAAUAUGUUGCUCGGUAUUGUUGCAAAGCCGUACAAGCGCGAUAAGUUUGAGGUAACCCCAGAGGCUGUUCCCUAUUUGUCGGCAUUGGUCUCUGUCUCUGAAGAGGUUAGAUCGCGCUGCCAUCUAAAACAUCGUUCGGCUCCUUCGUUCAUGACGGCCCAAUCCGGUUCGAUGUCGUCCGCGACGCAACAACAACAUCAUCAACCACAACAACUGGAUACAGUUGCAAAAGCCGAUAGCCCAGUUAAUGCAAACGCAGCAUCACCGAAACGCGACUCGCAAGGUACAAACCUGCUCGCCAAAACAGGCUCUGUCGGACAAGGAAAAUCGUUUGACUUAGGCACUGACGCUAAUAGCAUGUGUUUAAACAAUCAACGCAUGGUAUUGCGGUCGAGCUCAGCACCGUCCACCUCGCAGAGUCAGAGGCGUGAAUCAUCUGCCGGGGAAAUGGUGUCUUCAUCGGCUGUCGCCACAAUAGCGGCUGCAAGUGCCCCUCCAUUAGUUCCUGUGGUCACAACAUCAAGUCGUCCAGGCGUCCUCAGCGGCGGUCCUGGAAACGGUCCUGGACACGUCAGUUCUGCGGGUGUCGACGUAUCUGGCCCGGCUACUGCGACAAGCCGUGUAUCAAUUUCAAAUGAAGACAAUGUCCUGCUCGAUCCUGAAGUGCUGACCGACUUCACAACACAAGCUCUAGUGUUGACCGUACUAGCUACAAUGGUCAAAUUUACCACCGAUGAGAACGAGGCCAGAAUUCUUUAUGAAUAUUUGGCCGAGGCUUCGGUUGUUUUUCCCAAGGUGUUUCCCGUCAUACAUUCACUGCUUGACGGGAAAAUUACCAAUGUUCUUGCAAUCAGCUAUGACCAAAUUAUUUUGUCUGCCGUGCAGUGUAUCAUUAAGAACAUGAUCGCCUGCUGCGAAGAUCAACAACAACAGCAGCUUCACUAUUAUCUUCAGACUUGCGGGUUCGGCGGUCUUUGGCGAUUUGCCGGUCCAUUUUCUAAAUGUCAAACGAAUUUGGACAAUGCCGAGCUAUUUGUCAACUGUCUCGAAGCAAUGGUCGAGACGUGCCUUCCGGCUGACGAGAACGAGCCAAGAGAACAGACGCACGAACCUCUCCAACAUUAUCCCUCGUCGCUGUCUGUUGCGUCCACCCUCAACUUGUCAUCAUCUAUGUCGAGUUUGACACUUGGAUCACCUACCGAAAAGGAUAUGACUGCUACGGCGGUCUUCAUUGGUGGCGGCGAAUCUUCCCGGAAUCAUCCGCUUCCACGCCAGCGUUCUCUCCGAUCAUCACAGGCUAAACCGCAAAAGCUGUCGCAGGGCGAAUAGCAAACUGCCAGCGGCGGUGCAACGGUAAACUGCAGCCCGGUGACGAUUGCCAACUGCAGUCGUUUAGCGAGCUGUUCAGGCGUCUCGCAGCAUCAGCCGCAACUUCAAUUUCAAUUACCGAUUCAGCUCCAGGAAGAAUUGGAGGAGCAUCUGCAGGAGCAAUUAUUGCAAUAUCAACAACUGCAGCAGCUGCAACAACAGCAGGCGGCAGGACAAAACUUCAUGCUUGUCUCGUUAGCCUGUAGUGAAAACGGACAGACCUCUCUGUCACCAGCCGUGGAACCUAUUGUCAAUACAUCGUUGGCCACCUAUAGCCUGAGCGUAUCACCGGCAGCCAUUGUGCCACUGCCGAGCUCGGAAGACACUCCGACCCCUGCACAGGGUACGCCAUAAGUCAUUAGUUAAAUGGAUGAUGAGCAAUUGGUAGAAUUCUUUUCUUCUCGGCUAAUAUUAGUCUAGUGCUAUAUAGGUCGUACAGCAAAUGGGACCCCAUAGUUGAAGCAUAUUUAUGGUUUGACAAAGUUGCUGAGGAGCACGCCUACGUAUAUACAGGUUACGAUAUGAUGCAGGCAUGUCAUAUCCGAUACUGAUGACAACCAAAUGCCAGAUCAACUAUCUACUUACUGCCGGAACUAACCGUCAUCGGCUAUUAUAAUAAAAUCUAAUAAUCAUCGGAACUAGCUAACUGGAGCACGGUGUCGAAGUGCACUAAAUUUAAUCUUUGCGACCUUGACUUGUUCCCAUUAAAACCAUCACAAAACAAAUGCAGCAUACAACCAAGGAAAAAAGGAUCAGCACUGGUAAUCGUUUGUAUAUGAUCUUGCGAAAUGAGAUGUGUUGUAUGAUCUGAUGAAAUAGAUGUUUAUACUGUAGAGAGAGAUGGACAAGAUAUUGAAGAACAAUAAAGUAAGCUAGUGUCGCGACGUCGAUGAGAGAGAUAAAGAAGAACAGACAACAGGGAAUACAAUAGUCCUAUGGGCAGCCCACAAAAAGCGAUCAGUCAUUCUACUCAGCAGCACGAUAAUCAGUGCAGUAUCAGCUGAUCGACAACGAAACUACUAGAAAAAAAGAAAAUUAUCGGCAACUUGUUGAAGACUGACAACGACAACAACAAUACGAAAUACUAAAGUUAGGAAAGGUCACGGUAAAGCGAAACAAGUAUCGAGUCAAUCGGUACCUAUGUGUUAUUUACAACCAUCGGGACGCCACCUUACUACCACUCAUAUUAAUAACAAUAAUAAUAACGAAAAUAUUUGCAUCCUUCCGGCUUUGUCCAACGAAGAUGAACGAAUAAUUCGAUUAUAUUACGACUAUAGCAGAAUUCCAUAUCGUAACCGCCGUAGAAGCCAUAUCGUAAACGAGAACGUGAGCGAUAGCAACAAUUUGUUCUGCUAUUAAGAUUUUUAUAAAAAGGCCAGUGGUAACAAUUACUGUUAUUAAUGAUAAUAAGAAUGACAAAUAAUACACUAUAUUGGCAUAUUAAUGUUGUUCGUAGGUUUGGCGCACAUCUUAAUCUGUAUAAUAAUAAUAAUAAUAAUUGUUCAGCAAUGAUGACAAAGGGAAGACCAUUUCGUCAACACAACAACUAAACGCUGUACGAAAAAUAGCAUUAGAUGAUGGUAGGUUCUAUGCUUCGAGAAGAACUGUCCUUUGGUCAUUAUAAUAAUAUUUAUUGUUAUUAUGGCUUGAAUAGUAUCUGAAUGCGUAUUUAAACGAACCUUUUUUUUUCUUUUUUUUUUUUGUUUUUUUGUACAUAAUGUGUUUUCGAGAGAAAUCAUAAUAUUUUAUUUUAAGAGAGACGUGAACUUCCCGGCGAUGGCCUGACUGGCCAUUCUAAUCAUGUGUGUCCCUCCAGCUAAGGGAAGCAUGUCUCUGUUAUAACGGUAACUGUAUUUAUUAUAAAGAGAAAAGGUUAUGUUGCGCGGAAGAAACCAAAGUCAGUUCAAGGCUAAUAAAUGAAGAGAGAAGUAACAGAGCGGACGAGCAUCGAAAGAAAAUCACAAUUACCGAACCGUUUGUAUUCGAACGCUCAGCUUUGAGCAUUUUUGUCAAUAUUUAAGCAAUGCUAUAUAAUGUACAGACUGUAAUUGUAUACUAAUGUGCUUAUUUUAACCGUUCAAUAAGUUAUUUUAUUGUUUUUAAGUUAUAUGGUAAUAGCAAUUUAAAGAAUAGCCUGCAGGGGGAAUACAGGAGUGGAAUGGGAGUAAUAAUUUAUCCGUAAAGGAACGAGUGCCACGUAGACGUAUUGACUCCCUGUUGAAUUUAAUCUCUACGCUUGUUACAGAUAUCAGCAAAAAAAAAAAAGCAAUAUCAUUAAUAUAACACAGUUGUGGGACGAUUUCGUAACAUUCUUCAACCAUGUUAUAUGUAAAUACCGGUCUUGUGAACUUUCCUACACACACCCCUGGAAACUGGCAGUAUAAGCUUCAGCAAA